AUGCAAUUGAAAGAGCCCGGUGUGGACAUAGAUGACCUCGAUUUGAGUUGGGAGGACUGGGCAUCCAUUGGCAUUAUUGCCGAGAAUGGUGCCAUCAAGUGUCAGCUUUGCAAACAGGUUUUACCCGGGCAUGAGGAGGUUGUGGAUCACAUGAGCAUCAAAAAGAAACGGAACAAACGAUGGUACCACUCUCACUUCGACUGGCUUUUUUGGACGAUGAAAUGCUGGCGGCGGCUUCAGAGGGACGGCUGGCGGUUGAAGUCCCAUGGUGUGUGCAUCUCUCAGAAACGUUUCCACUGCAAAGCCUGCAGUCUGGAUGUGCCGUGGCAAGAUGGUUUCGCAGGUGGUGCUGGAGGCCGCGGCCACAUCUGGACGAAUAAGCACUUGACGACCUGCUGGCGGAACAAAAGCGCUGAGCUCGCGAAGCGUGCCCCAGCGCAUGAGCAGCAACCAUGGGAUGAGAUGCUUAGCCCGUUUACUCACACGGUGCUUGACACCGAGACUGACCAGCUGGUCGAUGCAGCUGUGCUGACCGAAGCCGGUGGCCCCACAAUCACUACUAGCAGCAGCAGCAGUUCGUCCAGAAGACCGCGGAAACGAAAGAGACAGAAGAGCACUUCUUCAUAG